AUGUGGACUCUAGCCUCGAUUCCUCUAGUCAUCGCCGCCGCUCUGAUUGGAUCCGCUUAUGAGCAGCACCCUUUCACUGAACGAUCGCGCCUCAUGUUUAUCGACGAGCCCACAGAGCUCGAGCUCGCCGCCGCCCACAGCGACUCUAUGGUCACUAAAAACCGACACCUGCUCUUACCCACUAACCACCCGGACUACAUCCUCGUCCACGAAAUCGUCUCCGACCUCGCCGCCGUAGCUGGUCCGGGCCGCAACUGGGAAUUACACGUCCUGCAAAGCGACGAUGUCGUGAACGCCUUUGUCGUGCCGACCGGACAGAUCUUUGUGUACACGGGGCUGCUGAGGGCCGCGGAAGAUAAGGAUGCGGUCGCAGCUGUGAUUGCGCAUGAGUUUGCCCAUGUUUUGAGUCGACAUGGAGCUGAGAAAUUAGGAAUCCAACACCUCGCCCAUUUGGCCUGGGACUUUUUCCAUUCACUCUUAUAUACCCUGACUCUCAACCUACCGAUCUUUAGCGACAUCGCCGGACGGGGCCUGGAUGCCACAAAGGAGGUGUUGACGUCGCUCCCCUAUUCCCGCAUGUGCGAAAAGGAAGCCGACGUCAUUGGAUUGUAUCUCAUGAGUGUUGCUGGCUACAACCCCCGCGCCGCCAUCGACUUCUGGGCCCACCUCUCCCGCAUCGACACCUCCACCUCCCCCACCACCACAACGCCUACAACCCCACCCCCCACCAAUAAAUCCCACCUCCUCUUCAAAUCCCCCAAAUCCUACGAAUUCCUCUCCGACCACCCCUCCCACUCCACCCGCGCCUCGGACCUCAAACAGCACCUCCCCGCCGCCCUGAAGAUCUACCACGCGCGCAGCGUCCUCGCGGAGCGGGUGACUCAUCUCCGCGGCCGGCGCCUGAGACGGCGAGACAGCGCCGUGGGGCUCGCGUUCGGAAAGGACGACACCGGGGACGGUGAGACGAAGGUGGUGACGAUGGAGGAGCUGAACAGGGACCUGUUUGACGUGCUGAAGGAGCAUCUGAGCGAGGCGGUCGAGAGUGGAGGUGAUGCCGCGUGGGUGAGGGACGAAGCCGUCGCGAUGGCCGACAAGGUCGUCAAGGCCAGGGUCGUUGCUCUGUAG